AUGGCGGCAAAUGCCGCGAAAGCAGCGAAACAAACCGGAACUAACUCGAAAUGCCUGGCGUUUUCUGCUCGAAAAAACGCAAAAAAAAAAGAAAAACGGCAUUCCUUCGCUGAGAACAGGCUGAUCACUCAGAUACCAGGAAACAUUCACACCCGAAAUUUGAUAAUUUUCCCCCGCAAAGUUAGCUUUUCGGCAGAAGAAGAUAAGAUGAAGUUUGAACCGCGAGAUGAAAUCCAAGCGCUGGAUUUUUUCAGCGAAUUUCCAUCAGCGGAUUCUUUGAAUCCGUGUGUCUUGAUUGCGCCGAAAAAACGCAAGAAUGCGAAGGAAACAUUCAGUCGUUGUAGUCGAGAGACAAAAAGAAAAAUGUCGUUGAAUGGCGAAUACUUCGACACUCCUCCUUACGUUGCGUCAUCGAAUUUCAAUCGAAAGCAGCAGAUAAAAUAUGCUCCCUGUUCAUGCAGCACCAGGUCUGGAACAUUGGCGAUUGGAAUGACGGGCAUUGUGAGUUGACAAAUUGAAACCAGUUAACAUUU